AGUCUGAGGGUUGGUGUUUCUGGUGGUGAUCCUCGUAAACUGUGGGGCAGGUGAAACUUUUCCCAGCAGCCACUUUCGAGGGUUUCUAAAGUUCUCAGCAUUCUCUGGCUGUUCGUUUGCCAGCAUGUUCUCAGUGCAGAAUGGAAGCGCCUUUCCUUUGCCAUAGAGCGCUGUUAUUCGGACGCGUGCUCUGCUAAUUCAUACCCUGCGCAACUUUUUGAACUUGCGGAAAAUGAACAGCACGGAGAUUCAGUGCAAGGACGACGAACUGGCCAACUUGACAGCAUGCGCGAAUGGGAGCUCUUGGUCCUACAACGCCAUUGAAGUCGCAUCCUUCAUGCACGUUUUCCCAACUAUAUAUGGGAUCAUUUGUACGAUCGGAGUUAUCGCCAAUACUCUGGUUAUCUAUGCGGUGACUAGCUGUAAGAAAAAAAUGGUCUCCGACAUAUACGUCCUGAACUUGGCCAUAGCCGACAUGCUUUACUUGGUAGUGAUGCCGUUUACCAUCCACCAGCUUGUGAGAGAGAGACAGUGGGCCUUCGGCAGUUUCAUGUGCAGCGCAGUGAUGGUGCUUGAUGUCAGUAAUCAGUUCACCACAGUCGGAAUUGUGACUGUCCUUUGUAUUGACAGGUAUGUCGCGAUUGUCCACCCCACAUCUGAGAGGAGAACCAUCCGGUGGACAAUCGUCAUUAAUGCCUUGGUGUGGAUGGGUAGUCUUCUAUCCACUAUCCCAGUCAUGAUGUACACAAGAACGGCCCGUCGGAAGCACAUAGAGGUGUGCAUCAUGGACUUUCCCAAGGGUCCGCAGGACCUGUACUGGUACACGCUCUACCAGUCGGCCAUUGGCUUCAUCAUCCCCCUCAUCAUCAUCAGCACCUUUUACUCACUUACCCUCUACCACGUGUUCCGCUCUGUGCGGCGCGUCAAGCGCAAACAGUCCGUCUCGGCCAAGAGGGCCACUAAAACGGUGCUGAUGGUCAUCGGCGUUUUCCUCCUCUGCUGGUCGCCCUUCCACAUCAUCCAGAUGGUGAACCUGAGCAUCGUCCAGCCCACCGCCCUGUUCAUCUACGCCUACAACAUCACCAUCUGCCUCAGCUACAUGCACAGCUGCAUCAACCCGCUGAUGCUGCUCAUCUUCGCGCAGAACUAUCGGGAGCGGCUCUGCCGAAGGAAGGAAGCAGGCAGCGCCUAUCACGGCUCCCCCAAGACAACCAUAGUCAAGACUGACGGAGGGAACACUGUUGCUACAGAUGCAGGCAACCCCUGCACGGUCAUUUAGGCCCCUGAAGUAACUCCACCUUGAGAUGAAUAACAGGGUUCCUUCUGUUCUGACUUGAUUUAUACAUGCUAGUUUCUGCGUAACGCAAAACAAGGUACUAAAUAUUUUACUGAUUGCAUUUUGGAAAUGUGAGCAGGAACCAGGACUGCUUAUGUAGAACCGAUGCAGGAGGAUUGAUAAUGUCUUGAUAUUUUAUGUAACAUCUGGAAAAAAAUUCUGAACAGAUGCAUUGUUUAUGUAUGUUGGUUUAUAAAAUGUCUAUAAUUGUUAAUUGAGCUUUCAUUAAUAAUUUGUUGAGACAGUAAUACAAUGGCAGACGUUUACUUGUUUUAAGUCAUUUAUAAUGUUAUCUUUAAUAUAAGAGAAAUAUAUUGCAUUUCUGCCAAAAAAAUGUAAAGAAAAAGGAAAGAUGAACCUCUAUGUUGUAAUGGAUGUUAUGUUGUCAAUAUAAAACUAAAUAUACAAUGUAUUGAUGUAUGAUGAAUAA